GUUUUUCUUUUACUAAUUACAAGGCACAUGCACCCUUCUAGCUCAAGAUCCCGUUCCUGCAUGGCCAGUAGAUAGCCCUCAGUGCCAAAUAAAUAGGAGUCGCGUGACGUCAUCAUAUCACUUAACAGAACGAAAAUAUAUCUUUUAUUCUUCUUUCAAAUCGAUACUGCACGAUCUACCCCAAAUCAUAUACUGCACCCUCCUCGAUCCUCCCCCAGUGUUCUAUUGAUUCACUGUCUAACUGUUUAGCAACGUGCUAUUGUAUUUUCCUUCUACUCGAGCUCCGCGGGGGAAUUGUCGGGGGUUAUAGUUUGAAGAUCCGAUUUUAUAUUUGCUCGCUCGCAGUCUGUGUAAUUUGUCAGCUCACCCAUUGUUGAACUCUAACGCGCCUGUAUUUUGGUUGUCUGAAGUGUGUGGGCCCAUUCACCGAGCUCUACAAUAAAUAUUUCCUAUUUGCAGUAGACCAUCGUUAUGGGAACCUAACGGGUUGAACUUGCUAUAAUGUUCGUAACGAGGUGAAUAGGCUUGUUGAAUAUCAUGAUUCUUACCCGGAUUCUUAAUACAAGGAGGCAAUAAGGAAUUAAAAUAAUGUGAGAUUUGUGUCUCCGACAGUUCGUGACAGCUUAUCGCUUCACGUUGCCAAGCACUUACCCGUCUACCGGAUCGCCCAACAGAGGGUCCACAACAUGCCUCACAUGGUACCCACCAUGCACAAGGUGGGUGUUCGGGAUGUCAGCGGUAGGUUCGUUGACACGUUCGACCUGAUGCUGCAGUUGCCAUGGGGAGCUCUCAUCACCGUCGUCGUCCACCACGACAUGACCAUCCACCAGCUGAAAUCCGCCAUCGAGUUUUCGGUCGGGCUUCCGUCUGAUCUACUGACACUGGGUUACAAGCGCCACGCCUCCCUUGCCGAAAAUCUAACUCUUCGGGAGAUGAAAUUGAUACCAGGGGAUCGCGUCAAUGUCAUUCUCGAAUAUGGAUUUGAAGAGCUUGUGUCUGGUGCUGUUUCUGGCAACACUCAGUUAAUCAUCAACGAUAUCAAGAGGCACUGGAACGAGGACGAUGUCGACAGAAGGCGCAUGGUCGUCAUGUUCAUCGCAGCACAUCGAGGAUUUCAUUAUCUUAUUGAUAAGAUGUUAGAUGAUGGAGCUCACCCCGACUCAAUAACACCUGCUGGUCGAACACCUCUUCACAUCGCCUGUGCCAUGGGGAAUGGUGGAUGUAUAGAUACCCUCCUGCAACACGGAGCUAACACUACACUAAAGGAUGCGAACAACAAGACUCCAGCUCAGCUUGCCUUCAGUUGCGGCCAGCAGGAGGCCGAACGUCGGAUGGUCUUGUAUGAGAGGGCUCGAUCCCGUCAGACCAGACGGCUCAGCAAACACGAUGAUUGGUUGCUUACCUUACCAAAGAGCAGUCCAUCGCCAACUACCGCUUCGACCUCAUCCUCGUCAUCGUGGUCUCGGUCACCAAGGUUUCCGGUCUCACGUCUAGCGAGAAGCGUGACACCAACACUGGCCCUGCAGGAGUUAUCUCUUUCCCCGGCACCUGGUCCGGAGCUGAUGGUCAAGUCCUUGAGUGGAGCGGUGAAGACGAAGAAAGCACUGAACAGGUUUUCUGUUCGGAGGCUAACUCAAGCCGACCUUGACGGGAUGAGCCAGAGCAGUGAGGGCAGCGUCGAUUCGGAACCUGCCAAAGAAGAAGAUCUUCCCACCUUCGAUGAUCAAGAAUCUGCAAAUGAUGGGGAAGAGAACGAGGAAAAUGUGACAUUAGAUACCAUACCAGUAUCCAGUCCGGAUGAUACAGCUUCUACAGUCACCUUGCAGUCGCCUUCGCCACGACCACCGGCGAUGCCGCCCGCCAUACGACCACCACAUCUUCUUCCAUCGAGGACUACAGCUUGGCAACAAGAAACGCGGAAAGUCCGCUUCAAUGAUUCUACAAAAGACGCUGGUGUGAUCCAUACUGAGCGGUCAAGGGCACGUUCUGCUCCAGCCAGGAGAUCAGUCAAUAUGUCGUCUGUGGUAUUGGGAUCAGAUACAACACAUCAAAGCCCUGACACUGGACCGGAUUCCCCAUCACGCGUUAACAGCAGCGGAGACAAUCAGCAUCUAUCUAACCUUAGCAAUGGAAUUCAGUGCAAUAAACCUAUCGCCCCUCCCCGCAACAAACCACGAGCAUCAUCAGCUAGACUCCGAAGCCCACGUUACAACCCCCGAUAUCCUGAUGACCGUUACGGUCGGGACGAAAUAUUGGACAUGAGAAAGGUCAAAGACAUCCAGGCAUCCUUGGAGGUAAGCGUCGGUCUCCGUGAGACUACUGAUCAACCAUUUUUGUCAAACGGUCGCAGAAAAGCCACGCCAGAAGAGAAUGGCGAAGCCUUUGUUGAUUGGUUGGAGGGGAAGGUACAAGGUGCCAAGGAUAGGAAGCUGUUGAACAAUGUCCAGAAGAUGUUGGAUGAAGCAUUUGGUAGAGCUGACGAGGAGAUUAAAAGACAGGAAGAGAAGCGGCCCAAGAUAACGGGCCAAUCGUAUGAGGACUGGAAGAAACAGAAAGAUGAAGAGGUACGGAACAAGCGGAAGGCUGCAUUGGAGAAGCAACGGCAAAAGGAAGAGGCGCGCAGACUCCAAGCAUCCACUGAUGCUGAGAAUGAACUUCUCAUAAAGGCUUGGAUCGCCCGCAAGACUGAUAUGGAGAGGAAGAUAAAGCUUAGCGAAGUGAAGGAAAAGAAAGAAAAACAGAAAAGAAGGACCGAAAAACAGAUCGCCGCAGAGAGUGCCUUCACUAAGUGGAGACUCAACAAGGAAUGGGAGGAACUGGUCAGGUUAAGAGAAGGGAAAGAAUUCUUUGAUCCGGCUCUGAAGGCCACGAGAGUGAGCGUAAAACGAUCAGCAAGAAAACGAAUGCAAUCUGCAGGUCGUAGUAACACGACAAACUUGAAAUAUGGAUCGUAGACAUUCGCUUAUUAAUGGUAGUUCCAGUUUUGGAUAAUCGGACUUUAAAGCUUGCCAAAUUUUAUUUCACCCCGCAUUGCCUUUCGUCAAGUGUUGCAGUUGAAAUGUAUUUCUAUAUUCUAUAAUUUUGAUAUAUAUUUCCGUCUUGAUAAUCCAUUCCAUUUCGAUGCAAUAAUGUAGAUACAUUUUAAUCACACUGAUGCAAUUUUUAACAAACGUUUAAAACGGUAUAUUGAAAGUAAUUAUUCAUCGAUCUUCGUCAAAAGUUUACAAAUCAUUGUCUGAUAUUUUGUAUUUGACUGUUUGAUGGCGCUUGAUAUAUCAAAUCAUGGCAUAACGGUGGGGUUGAUUUCUCAUCACGACCGGAGGAGGAUAUGUGACGUUAUCCCCGAGAAAUAAGGGUGAUUUGGAUGCAAGAUAGGGUAGCGGCCGAACAAGAAAAUAACCAUACACCUAUAUGAUAGUAUUUGCUCAUUAGUCUUCAAAUUCCUGAGAACAUGACCCCAGCUGCCUGGGAAGCGUCCACCCCCCGGUCACCGGAUCACCGUCUCUGCUUAUAACGGGAUUAUACAUGUUCAGACUUCGAUUUAAACCGUACAUCGGUCAUGUUCAAUUUUAAUCAUUUCACCUAUCUUUAAUCGUAUUUGUGUGUGUAUGAAAUGCACCUUUCAUUCAGCUGCACUCUCAAAAAUAAAAUCUUGUCAUUGAUAAAAACACGUUUCUCAUUCUUAGUGGAGUGAAACGUAAAUAUAAAAUAACCACUCAGUUUAAAAAAUACAUGUUUCAUGUAUAUACAACCGAUCAUCAAAUUUUUUUUGCUUUCCGAAACCAACUUGUUUUACAAUCAUUUUUUUGUUGUUACCAUCUAUAUAAUAAGAAUAAGCGUACCUAUAUAGCAAGGGAGAAAAAUAACUCUUCGUGGUCGAAAUGAUAAUCUGUCACCAAAACUCUUAAUGGAUCUUAGAAUCAUUUUUAUUUUGUAUAUCUGGUCUACUAUUAAUGUAUAAACGAGCGACGUAAUAGAGUGAAACAAGGAUUUUUGGUAAAAAAAAAAAACAAUUGUCAAAUUAGAAAAUAAUUAUACUUUUUUUAGAUAUCUAAAAAUAUUUUUUUAUUGCUAUCCAGCCGAAUAAGUCUGUCAUGGCGACAUUUUUGGCAUUUAACCUGCUGUCCAAAAUCAAGUCAUGAUCUGAUGUAAGAGCAAAAUGACCCUUACAAGUACUAAAGGAAUAAUUCACUUUACGCUUAAAAAUUAAUAUAACGUACAUUUUGUGUAAAACUAUUGGGGCUAACCAGACUCUUUAAUGCAAAAUAAAUUAAUGAUGCAUGUUAUCGAUGCUAAUGUUAUUGAAUAAGAGUGAUCACUCUCUGAAAUAAUCUUGAACUUGGAUCUUAUGAGAGAUGGAAGCACUCGAUCAAAAAAAAAUAUUAAUUUUGUCCAUACUGCAAACGACCUCAAUUAAUUUGAAGCAUUUUAUUCGCGAGAAUCAAUACCCCCCCCCCCCCAUUAAGAUGUGGGCGCCACAAAGAAAUUCCUUAAUCGUCUCAAACUGAAAAGGGGUCUACAUUAAUUAUGUUUUCACCUUAUUUGUCACAAUUUGAACAUAUCAUAAUUCCGAUGGUACAUUGCAAUAAAGAUCGAUUCGUAAA